AUGAAUAUUACGAGGCACCGCAGUAAGGUGCUGAAACAGGUCUUCUCCUUACCAGGAUCCGUUGACCGCUCAGGAAGCGCUAUUGUCGCUAUCACUCCGCCAGCUAACGAUUCUUCAGCUGCUGCUCAUAGAUCAUCACUGUCUGAUAUCAACGGUGUUCUGCUCCACUAUGAGGAUCUCGUUUCCGUGCUCGGGUACUUUUCUGAGAUAAUCAGCGAAUACGCUAACGAGAAGGGUCUAUGUGUUCUUAUCGAUGGCAGGAGAAUGCCUCCAAAAGCACUCAAAAACGUGCUCAGAGCGUCUCAGCAAGCUUUCUAUCAUCAAAUUCGUAUGGCAAUUAUCGUCCAACCGGAUAAAUUCCUCCAUCAACAAAAAAUCAAUUUAGAUUUGAUCAUGGAAGGAUACGAGUUCAGGACGUUAUUGGUCUCGUUGCACAAACUUUCCAAGUACAUCGACAUCUCUCAACUUCCGGAGAAUUUCGGUGGAACGUUUCCAUACGACGCCGAACAAUGGUGUAUUGAGCGAGAGAAAAUUGAAAGUAUGAUGGCAGAGUUGAACAACCUCCAACAGGAUCUCAUUCAAUCUGAUGGUCGUCUCCAGAUCUCUCCGGAUGAUGUGGCGAUUGUGGCCGGCAAGAAGUUAGUAGCCGAGUUGAAGAAAUCCGAAAAAGUUCACCACGACGUAGCGGCAAAAACCUUGAGGAUGAAGAUGGAUGAAAUUGAGCGUAUUGCCUCAUUACCCCAAAAAGAAGCCGAACUAUCCAGAUUAAACGCUGAAAACGAAGAAAAAUGUCGAAUGCUUGAGGAACAUGCUGAAGGAGUGAAUAGGCUUCUGGAUUGGAUUGAAGGUCCGGGCGAGAAAUGGCUACUUACUUUACAUGAAAUCGGUGAGAAUAAAGAUGAGGCUCGGCAAUUAGUCAAAGAACAUCAGCAGCUUGCGCUUAAGAGCAAGGAAAUCGUUUCUCAGGCGGACGAAUUAGCCGAUUUAGCGUCUCGUUUGAUGGCCGCAGUUCCAGCCCAUUCGAUAACACUUGAAAAGGCUCGGGAACAAGUACGAGGACUGGCAAGACAGUACGCGAAUCGAGUUGAGCGGCAGACAGGAAUGGCACGACAAAGCGAGGAAUUCCAUACGAAGAUGAGCGAGCUGACAAGAAAAACCGAUGUGCUUCUGGAAUCGUUGUGCACAGAUUUGAUGAUGAACGACUUAGCGGCUGUGGAAUCGGAGAAGAGUAAUUUAGAAGAGAAAGUUAGCGCAAUGGAGAAGAUGUAUGAGAGUGUUACGACAUGUGGCGCAUCAUUUAUCGACGAUCUUUCCGCUGAAGAAGUAAAUGUGCACGGAAAACGUGUAAUCCGAGAUUAUAUGGCUGGAAUCGUUCACGUUCGCGAGCAACUUGCAGCGGCUAGAGAGAGGAGGAAGAGAUGCCUUGAACUUGUAGAUGUUCGACGUCUAAAACUUCAACAAUUUACGCAACUGUUCACAUGCGAAAAUGACGCACAACAGGCGAUAAAAUGGUUGGAAGAACUACACGAAACUCUACUGACGGACUAUAAUCAAAUUGGCAGCGCGGAAGAUGAUCUUCGCUAUCUCAGGCAGGAUCGAUUGAAACUAGAGGAAACCGCUCGAAGCACCUACGAGUACGGUCGUCAAUUGUGUCAAGUAGCGCUAGUGUUAAGAAGAUCACUCAGGAUGGAUGUAAACAAUCAGAUUGGUCUCAACGAGAAAUUGGAACGAACAUGGGGACGUCUAUGCAGAGCACUCAGUGAAAAUGAGGCUAAACUUAAUGUCACGGAAGCUUUUAACACUACCAUCGUGGAGGUGAACCAUCGAAUCGACGAGUUGGGCAGACGAGUGAACGAAGUUCGAGAAUCACAACGUAGUCCGGAACGAAUCUGUGGGGCUGAACGUAGGCGACUCGGGAACGAUGUCCAGGAAUUGCGACAUAUCGCCGAUAUGCUCGUUGCGCAAAUAAACGCUAAUCACAAUGUGCCGUCGGAAACACGCCAAACAGCGAUCGCUUCCAUCAAACGAAAGGUGGACGGAGUGGAUGCAGCUCAUCGACGAAUGGAAAGCCUAUUUAUAGAGACAAAUCCGGAACCGCCUCGGACGCAAUCCCUGCACAGAUUAAGCGAAUCGGCUGCUCAUCCGGAAGAGAUGCCUCGAUCCUAUUAUCAUCUGUCCGGCACACCUCGACGACCUUCCGUGACCAUAAGCCGUUCGAACCCGUUGAGUCCAGCAGCGGGUGCUGCUGCUGGUGGUGGUGGUGUUGAAAAUCGAUCCUGGCGCAGUGAAUUUACUCGUGAAUCAAAUAUAGGAAGUAUUCGUCUAAGUGAUACAGAGAGCUAUUUAUAG